AUGCCUGAUCGGGAAGUGCCUGGAAGCGGUUUCUUGCCUCUGCAGUUUCCUUCGGCUUUCGCUGCGUUCCACGCGACAGCUGCGCAGGCGCCGCCGGGCACCAUGCACCACGCGACGCAUUACCAUCAUCAUGCUCAUCUUAGCAUCAAUGGGGGCUUUGUGAAGAGAACUGGUGUAAAUCAGUGCUGGGAAGUCUACUAA